CUGAUGAUGAAGAUGAAGAUGAAUCUGAAGGUAGUGAAUACUUUGUUGAGCAAAAAGUAACUGAUAUUCAAGCGGGAUGUAGCGAAAACUGCAAUGACGUGUAUGGUUAUGGAUUUGCAUGGCGGCGUAAAGGAAUUCUCGGUCAGCUAAACGAAGAAAUUGGUGGACUUGUCGAAAUUACCGAUCCAGAACAUUCCGUAAUUCAAGAAAGGAGCGAACAAUGCGCUCAACGCGAUGCCGAGGCAUUCGAUGCUGAACGUUACUUGUUAGAUUUGUUGGAACCUGAAGAUGCCCUCAAACAUGUACUCUCGUUAGAUUUUGGCCUGAGACUUGAUGUGGACGCGGAUGACCGUCAGCGUCUCAAAGAUUUUCCAAGGAAGCGACUUCCUGUGUAA